AUGGAUAUCACCGACACCCUUCAGGAAGGAAUGGUGGCACCCGCAGGUGUCACCGCAUCGGAGCCGAAGACCGGCAAAGAUUUCUCCCGUACUCCAAUCCCCACCGCCCAACGGACCGGAGCCAAUCAGCCAAACCGCCGCCCACCACCAUGCGCCAUCGCGGUUGCGCCGCCACCCACGCCGCCUCACUGCGAACAUCCAUACGAGGCCAAGAGGACCGGAGAGAAGCGCCCCGCGGAGGGAGAAGCAGCACCGAAGCCGAACGGGAGGGAACCACCUCCACCGCCGUCGUGCGGGAGGCCAGAGCCUCCGGCACCGUCGCGGUAG